GGCGGCGCUCCUCCCGGUACCGGGCCCGGCGCCACCAGGACACGCACGAGGAGACGAGCUCGAUGAUGAAGCGGGCGCUGACGCUGCUCCAGCUGGUGACGCUGACGCAGUUCGGCUGCGGCGCCCACCACUUCAGCAGCAACGAGCUCAAGAAGACCUCGCGCGGCAACCACUGGGGUGACCUGCGCGCUCGGCUGGAGCUGGCCGUGUCGGCCGUCGCCGAGCUGGCCAAGGAGUCGCUCCGGCAGCAGCAGGCCUCCGACAUGGGCACGGACGACUCGGACGGCUCGCCGCCCAGCGCCCGUGGCGACCGGCUGACGCUGGCCGUGCGCAAGGAGCUGGCCGUGGCGCUGCGCGACUUGGUACAGCACGGCCUGCUGCAGACGAGCCGGAGCCGGUCGGUGGUGCCGUUCGGCGGGUGUCUGCCGUCGCGCACCGCGCCGCCGCGCCUGCUCCACGCCUGGGACCUGGUGCUCGUCUACUACCGGCUGAAGCGCGGCGUGCAGUACAACGCUACGCCGCAGCGCCGCCUCUCGCAGAGCUUCGGCCUCUCCGUGGUCGGAGGCACAGCCAUCACCAGCAAACACACGCUGCUGAGCGCCGUCGGCAACAUUAUCGCCAGCCACACGCCGCUGAAGCGGACGGCCGACGCUCACUUCAAGGCGUUCGUGUGCGCCGGGCUCAACGCCCGAAAGCUCAGCUCCUGGCUGCGCCUGAUCCUCAAGUGCCAGGCCAUCACGGAGGAGUACUACCAGCCCUGGAGCUACGUCAUCAGCACCGGCUCCGACGACGCACUGAGCUGCGUGGCGCGCCUGGAGAAGCACCGCUUCCAGCUACCCGAGGACCUGGCCGUGCGACAGCUUAGGGGCAUUCGGGACGCCUUCUGAGCGGCCGGGCGCCGACAAGGUCGCGGGAGUGGGGCGGCACGUGCCGCUGCGGGGACGCCGCCAGUGGGCCCGCUGCCGGCCGAAGACUGGGAACAGAGGCGGGCUUGCGUUCGGCCUGAGAAGUAUGUGAAAAAAAUAUGAAAAAUGGACGCGAGCUUGCGAGCUUGCGCCUCAACCUGAGCUUACGAGAUUUCCUGUCGGUGUUUGUCUGUGGGGUGUGGCGCGCCGGGGGCGCCCGCUCGCGCAGGCAGCGCGUUACUUACCUGGGUGAGCGUGGGGUUGGGGCGGUGGUGGACGGGGUCAGCGUAGUCACAACAGCGCCAAUCAUGUAAACCGGAAUGUAUUUAUUCGCAUGCUCUACAUGUAUGGACAACACAAGCCAACCGGAUCACU